AUGGCGUCAGCACAACAAUUCCGAUGCCGGUUCAACCCAAUCGUAUGGAUAAAUUAUUAAGUUAUAUCAAUCAACAACAUGAAUGAUUCUACAGAUCUACAAUACACAAGAUAAAAUAACUCUUCCCUGUUUAAAGUGAUUCAACAUUCAGUCUUAACUUAAGUUUCUUACGAGUGUACAUUUAGGGGAGUCAUUGUUUGAUCAAUUAUCAGCCCAUCUCGCCAAUCCACGGCCUUGCCCACAAUGAUAUCGUUUGUAAGCGGAAGAACGCUGCCUCGUCGCGAUCGUAACUUGUGACGUCACAGCUGAUGUCAGAGUCCCGCCUUGCGGUGUUACUUCACAGACCUUAUCACUGACCUCAAGCGCCCAGCCGCACACCGCACUGGACAGACAGAGGCCGGCCGCGCUAUCUUGUGGUGCGAACACUGGACUACAUUUCGCUUCAUCAGACUAAGUACAUCCAAGCGAUGGAGCUAACUCCACCCACAAAGGAACAACUGGAGAGGAUAUUUAAGGAUAUCAACUUGAACUCUAGUCAACUCCAAAGAGAUACAAAAUCUUUAAAAGACUGGUUGUUGUCCCAGCCUCACCUCCCGCAUGACUUGGAUGACAGAAUGCUAACCACUUUCAUUGUUGGGUGCAAGAACAGUCUAGAACGCUCCAAGCAGAUCUUGGAUGCUUAUCUCUCCAAUAGAACAUCUUGCCCAGAGUUCUACAGUAGCAGAGAUCCCUGCGAUCCCACCUUUCGUCAACGGAACAAAUUUUUUCAGUAUAUUGUCUUGCCGGGAAUGACACCAGAAGGUUAUCGAGUAUCCAUCUAUCGGAUGAAUCCUGUACCAGACGAUGGAAACGACUUCAACCUUACAACAAACGCCAUCAAAGUCCUGUCCUCGUACGAUGUGAGAUUCCAUGAGGACAACUACUGGGCAGGAGACAUCAUCAUCAUCGACUGUAGACACUUCACCUUCCGACAGUUGCAAGCUGUCACUCUGCCAGUGCUCAAGAAAUACGUACACUGCGGUAAUGAGAGUUUACCAGUGAGAUACAAGAAGAUCAUAUUUAUCAACCUUUCUUCAAUCAUAGAACCUGUACUCAGCAUUGUAAAACGAAUCUUGAAACAAAAGUUUGUACAAAGGAUGAUAACAACAACAGAAGACUAUCCUUUCCUAUUUGAUCAUGUACCAAGAGAGAUGUUACCUGAUGAAUAUGGAGGAUCAGCUGGUCAGGUUGAUAGUCUUAAUGAUUCCUGGCAGCAAAAGGUAGAAAGCUAUCAAGAGUGGUUUCUCCAAGACAUGAAACGAAAAGUGGAUGAAAGCAAGAGGCCGGAGAAGAGUGUCUACAAACCGAAACAACUUUUUGGAAUAGAGGGCUCAUUCAAGACACUUACAAUAGACUAAAUUUAAAAAUACUGAUAUUCGUCUAUCCGUUUGUCUGAAUAAUGUACACUGUACAUUUGCAAAUGUAUCUUCUUACAUAAAUUUAAUAAAUUUUGAAGUAAUUAUUUGAGUACAGUUAAGAGUUACCAACAACGAUAUAUAACACCUUAAUAAACAAUUUUAUUGUAAUAAAAUGUGGUAAUGAGAUAUCUCAAUUAUACAUAUAUGUUUUAUUACAUAA